AUAUUUGGCAUUGGUAAUCAUGUAAAACUUUUCUGCAAAAGACUUUUGUGCAGAUGUGGUCGUAAUUUAUCUGUUGUUAUUUUAAGAAACGAUUAUGAAGCUGGUGCUUAGGAACAUCUGUCGUUUCAACUGACAGACACAUUUCCCCAAUAAUGUCUCAUCUUUGAAGACAAAUCAUGGCGACUGGGGAAGCCCACAGAAUUGUGGAUGUUGAAAAUGUUAAACAGUAUACUUUUUCGACAGAGCCUGUGCCUAGACUCAGCUGCUCCGACCCAGAGGCGGAGAAACGAAUUGCCAAUGAUCAACCCGUUGUGUUAACAGACACUAAUCUGGUGACAUCGGCUCUUCACUGGAAUGAGGCUUUCCUCCGCACACACAUUGGAGAUGGAAAGUUUACUGUGUUUACUUCAGACUCGCAUAAGUUUCUAUAUUAUGAUGACAAAAAGCUGAAAUUUGUGCCCAAUUUCAAACCACCCACAAGACAUUUGGAAAUGACGUUUGAUCAGUUUAUAGACAAAAUUGAAGACAAAAAUAAUUCUAAAUGGUAUUAUCUGCAGCAAGGAUUAAAUGACACGGUUGGUACGCAAAUUGUUUUUGAUUUCAUGGGGUUCAACUGGAGCUGGAUCACGGAACAGCAGAAGAAAAACGGAUGGGGAACUCUUACCUCCAAUCUUUUGUUUUUGGGAAUGGAUGGUGUAAUAACGCCUUGUCAUUAUGAUGAACAGCAGAAUUUCUUUGCUCAGAUCAAAGGAUACAAACGGUUCCUUCUGUUUGAUCAGGACAUGUUUGAAUGUCUUUAUCCAUAUCCAGUUUUUCAUCCACAUGACCGACAAAGUCAGGUUGAUUUUGACAACCCUGAUUUUGAAAAGUUUCCCAAGUUCAGAAAUUUGAAAGGGUUAGAGACAGUACUUGGUCCGGGGGAUGUACUUUUCUUGCCAACAUACUGGUGGCACCAAGUGGAAUCAUUGCCUGGUCUUGGCAACACAUUGUCUGUUAACUUCUGGUACAAGGCAGGCCCAGUAGAGAAAAUUGUUUAUCCCUUGACAUCCCAGCAGAAGGUGUCGAUGAUGAGGAACAUCGAAAAAAUGAUUACAGAUGCAUUAAAUAAUACAGCCGAGGUAGCACCAUUUUUCCAGAACUUGGUCGUUGGAAGAUACACUUGAUAGAACAUCGCUGAAUUAUUUUCAUUUAUGGAAAAUCUCCAUAUAUUUACAUCAUGAUCGUGCCAUCCAAAAACAAGAUAUAAAACUGUUUAGUUUUUUUAAUAUAUACAAUAUUUACAUAGUGCUAUUAGUGUUUUAAAAAUAUUUAAUUUAUUCACUAUUGAAUUUAUGCACUGUCUUGUCCUUUUGAGAUGAAGUACUUUUAAUCUGGCUGUAUAGGGGUUCACAGAAAAAAAGACUUGUUACCUACAAAGAUGCCAAUUACUUUUGGCAUAUUCUGCAACUAGUAUGACUUCUACAAAUAGCACAUGAAUAUUGAUGAAGGCCAAGUCCCAGUAAAAUUUAAAGGUUUUUACUCUGUACUAUUGUACUUUUUAUAUUCGUAAUUGAGUUAAAAAUCUGAACUGAAUUUCUGUUAUUUUGCCUUUUUCAAAAGUCAAGAUUUGUGACAUUCAUAGGCCAUGGUCAAAUUGAUCUGUGUUUUUGUUUUGUGUCAUAUGCACCCGCUUCACAAUAUGUUAUGUUAUCCAUCAAAGUCGAUUGCAUUGCAGCACAAUGUAAAUGUGCAGAAGCAGGGAUGGACAGGUCUGUUAGCACCAUCUGAUUUUAAUAUUUGACGGACAAAUAGACAAUAUGUGAAAGCUCACAUUUGACGGACAAAUAGAUAAUAUGCGGAAACUGGUACCAAUGAAAAAACAGAUAAAUGUGAUCGUGAUCACUCAUUUUUGUAACAAAGCUGUAUAGGUGCUAUCAUACAUUCUAUGGCUGGAAGGUUUCUUUGUGCCCCCCCCUCCCCCCCCCCCCCCCUCCCCAUAUCCCAUUAAAAAUCUGGGUUCAUUUUAAUAGUGUGAGAUAUAUGAAAAUGCUGAUAAAUGCUUACCCACGUGGUAUUUAAGAUAAUUGCAUUGAAGUAGAACACCCAUGUGACUUAACAGUAUGUUAUGUUACAAACAUCUAAUGAGUAGUGUCAAUGGAUAUACACCACGUUUCUGCAAUGCUUUAGUAGAUUUAAUUAAGCCAUAUUCGUUACAAACAUUUAACAAAAAUGUAUUUCUGUUUUUAAGUUAAAUUUUCAGUGUUAAGAAAAACAAAAUCUUUAAAUGUUGCCAGGGUGUAAUAUCAUUCAAGCAUAUUAUAAAUGUCCUUCACAGCAUUAAGAGUAGAUGCAAAACCAUGUUAUCUCAAAGUUCUAAUUUUCACUUUAAAAAAAUGCUUAAUAUUUGGAUUUCUGCACUGUGUCAUAUUUUUUAUUCAUGAGAACUAGGCUAACCGGUCUUUAAGUCCCUGGCAGUUUAGAGUCAUAAUUUGUAAUGUAGUCACUGCAAAUUACUUGUAAUAUUAUAAUAUUUAUGCACUAAGUGAAUGUUCAAAUCUACAUUUAUACUCCAAAUGUAUAUUUCCCCUGUGAUUUCUUUGCUUAUAAAAAUGCCAAAUGUUAUGUUUUGUACCGUAACUGACUCCAGGUUUACAUAUUGUGUGGCUAGUAUGAAAACAAAUAAUGAGAUAGAAGUUAACACUGUAUACAUUUUGAGUGCACUUUCUGUAACAGGAGUUUGAUAGAGAAAGAGACGAACAAAUAUAGUGAAAACAGCAGAAAGUGUUCAUUAGAAAACAUAACAAGAUAAAAAAAAAACUAUUUGUGUGACGUACCAGGAGCCUUAUUUGUCACAUCAUGAGUACUUUUAUGAAUAAUAUGGUGGGUCAUGAGUUAAUGUUUUUUCUAUAUAUAUAUUUGUGAAAUCUGUAACGCAAAGCUAUGCUGUAGUAAAAAAUCAAGUGUUCGAUUACAAAUAUAAUACCCCUCUUAGAGGUGAACUGAAAUAAAUAGAUAAAUAAAUUAAUUAAAAACUAGAUUACUUCCACCAAUAAUAAUAAUAAUCAAUCAAUCAAUAAAUACACUUAAAGUAAAGUAAAUUGAGCCCAAACAUUUUUACAAUUAAUAUUUAAAAAUUACUAAAUAAUAAUUAAAAGUACAAAAUUAAUGAGAACCCACUCCUUCCCCC